AUGCAGAAGGACGAAUUGUUUGAUAAAGCAUUGGCCUUGUCUUUAACUAAGUUCAAAUAUUGUUCUUUAAAACAAGAGCAAAAAGCGUGUGUCAGAAAACUUGUCGUAGAUCGCGAGGAUGUGUUUGCUGUUUUGCCAACUGGUUAUGGUAAGAGCCUUAUAUACGAGGUAUUACCAUUUGUUUUCUCCGAAAUGAAUCGCUUGGAAUCGAAUCAAUGUGAUGAUAAUAAUGUUGUGAUUGUUGUUAGUCCACUGGAAUACGUCCGCGUACAACAAGUGGAACGUUUGAAACGAAUAGGAGUUCGUGCAGUGUUUCUUGGCAAUUCGUUAAGUGAAACACAUGGUUUAUGUUCAGAAGGAUUUGCCCAAGUGUUAUACGGAAGUACUGAACAAUGGCUAUCGGAUAUGUGGGCUAAUAAAUUGAAGCAAGGUGAAUUAGGAAACGUUCAAGUGUUGGUAAUAGACGAAGUCCAUACUGUCGAGACAAGGUAGGUAGUAUUCUAUAUUAAAAUUGCCAUUUGUUAGAUUCUAUUUAUAAGGCCUACUAGGCCAAUUAUUUCCAAUUCAUCCUGCAAUAACAAAUUUGUUCUUCGAAAUUUUCGAAGAACAAAUUCGUUAUUGCAGGAUGAAUUGGAAAUAAUUGGCCUACUAGGCCUUAUAAAUAGAGGCUCUAUAAAUAGAGCACACUAGGUCCUAGUAUACUGCAAUAUGCACUCAUGUGGAAUUUUCUCCCUUUUGCCAUAUCUCUUUUUAAUAGCAUGAUAUAUAUCACUACAUUCUGCUUAUGCUAUGUAUAACUUACCACCUUCUUGUCUUUUACUAGGGGAACAAGUCGAAAAGGUCAAGCAGCAUUCAGAGAGGCAUUUAGCAGAGUGUCUGAGCUUAGGUCCUUUUUGCCUGGGGGGACACCAGCUCUUGCUCUCACAGCAACUGCUGGUGAAGACAUGAGGAAAAGGCUGGCAAAAUUUAUUGGCUUUCCAGGAGAGCACUUUAGAAUAAUUGUUAGUCCCAACAAGAACAACAUUCGUUUUACUAUUAUUAAGGCUGACAAACAUUUAAACUGUUUAAAUUGGUUGGUAGAAAUGAUUAGAGACAAGAAAGAACACACACCAUUUACGCUAAUUUUUUGCCAGGUUGUCAAUGACAUUGUUUUCAUUAUGAGUUACCUUCUAAUGCAACUUGGCAGUUCAAAUUUUUAUGUCAGAGGGAACACACCUGAACAACAGUCUUCUUUGGUAGGUGUGUAUUACUCUCAAACUCCACAGAGUCUCAAAGACACUGUUACUACAUCAUUUGAAGGAGAUGGAUGUACACGAGUUGCAAUUGCUUCAUCCUCACUAAGUAUGGGUGUUGACUUUCCUAAUGUGAAAUAUGUUAUUCACUUUGGACCAUCUAAGUCAUUAAGUAGUCAGUUACAAGAAGCUGGAAGGGCUGGCCGUGAUGGUUCAGAAGCUUUUAAUAUUAUAAUGUAUCUUCGAAAGCACAUACGAAACUGUGAGAAGCAAGUAAAACAUGCUAUCAAAUCUGGUGAGAAGUCAUGUGUGCGGCAAGCCCUAUUAUCUCAUUUUGAUAAAGAUAUUCAACCUAAUGUGCCUUUGCAUGCAUGCUGCAAUACUUGUUAUAUGAUUUGCAAAUGUCAUGGAGACAUGUGCCAUUGUUUAAGUUUGACAACGCAUCAAUUGAAGAGGACAUUCAGGUAACACCUAUUCGUACUUUGUCAGAGGAUGACAAAAAAUGUUUAAAAAAUGCACUGGAAGAAUUACAAGGCAGUUUAAGAUCACAAUCACCUGUGGCUGUACUGAACUGUGAUGGUUCACAUUUGUUUGGUCUAGAUACUUACACAAUCCAAACAAUAGUAGAUAAUGCAAACAACAUAUCUGGGAUUACUGACUUAUGGAAAUACUGUCCAUUUUCAUUGAUAAAGCUUCUGAUAAUGAUUCUUGAGGUUAUGGGAGAAAUGUUUAGUGACAUUGAAAUUCCUGAUGAAAUAUACAGUACAUCACUGGAGACAGAGUCCUUAAUGAAUCAAUUAAUUGGAAAUCUAAAGCAGAAUGGGCCAUUGGUUGACGAUGAAUUAAGUGGAACUUCCCUGGAUGAAACAUUCCAUUUAUCAGAAGAAUGGUUAUAA